UAGACACAAAACAGCUCGGGAACGGGAUUAAGGAGCAGGGCAGAAGGAGUGAGUUGCCCGGAUCAACCCUACCGGUCCAGGUGGCUCGGGGUGUUAUUUUGAAGGGAGGAAGAGGAAUAAAGCCCCGUGUGAAAGCGCUGUGCCGCCAGCCAGCAUUUACAUGGAGUUGCCUGCUUGGCGUCCCCGCCUGCUCCAAGUUGUCAGGGUGCAGUGAUACUACCUUAAGAAGCCGGGCCGACUGGGCUUGUUAUUGUGCCGGGAUAGGGACUGAGAACAAACGAUGGCGUUGCUGCCGAUGCUGGUCUUGGGGACGUUCUGUGCCGUGCUAGGUACCGGACUGGGAGCGGUGGAAAGCGAGAACCCCAAGGAUGGCGAGUGCAAAGUGAAGACGGUGAGCGUGUCGGCUCUGCCGUUCCUCCGGGAGAACGAUCUGAGCAUCCACACCCCGCUGUCGGCGGAGCCCAAACUCCUGUUCUCGGUCAGGAACGAUUUCCCCGGAGAGGUGGUGGUUGUUGACGACCUGGAGAACACAGAGCUUCCUUAUUUCGUCCUGGAAAUAUCUGGCUACGCUGAAGAGAUCCCUCAUGUUCGCUGGAGGCAACAAUGGCUGGAAAAUGGGACCUUGCUUUUCCAUGUUCACCAUCAAUAUCGCUCAUCGUUUACCGGGCCUGAUCCCACCAUCUACUCUGAAUCAGACUCUGCUGAGGAAGAACUCAGAAUUCUUCACAUUUCUGUGAUGGGGGGGAUGAUCGCCCUGCUGUUGGCAAUCCUGUUCCUUGUCAUGGUGCUCUACACUCGGCGACGGUGGUGCAAGCGUCGCCGUGUCCCACAACCACAAAAGAGCGCCAGUGCGGAAGCGGCAAAUGAAAUCCAUUACAUCCCAUCGGUACUGAUGGCGGGUCAGAACCGGGAAAGCCUGCGGAACUCCCGGCUGCAGGGGCACAAUUCCAGUGGGUCCAUCAGCAUCCGGGAGACACCUAUUCUGGACGGAUAUGAGUAUGACAUCGAUGACCUUCGCCAGCAGCUGCAGAGGGAGUGCAUGAAUGGCGGGGAGGAUUUUGGCAGCCAGGUGACACGGACCUUGGAUUCCCUUCAAGGGUGUGAUGAGAAAACAUGCUUGGAUCUCACUCCAGGAAGUGAUACCACCAAGUUGUCGCUCAUGAAUAAGUACAAGGAGAACUUCCUAGCAACCAGCCCUGUGGACAUCAGCCACCAGCAGACAGCUCUCCUCCCACGGAGUGCCUCUGGUGGACAACGGAAGCGUUUUACGAGUAAAUCCAGAGCUGGAUCUGCCUUCUUGAACCCUGAAGGUGAUUCUGGGACUGAAGCAGAUAAUGAACCUCAGCUGACGUUUUACACAGAUCCUUCCCGCAGCAGACGUCGUAGCAGAGGUUCUCCUCGCAGCCCCAUCAAUAAAACUACCCUUACACUGAUAAGUGUGAUAGGAUGUGUAAUUGGGUUGGUUUAUGGCUCCCAUCUGACCUGUCCUUUGUCUGUCAAAGUUGUUCUUCACGUCCCUGAGCAUCUUAUUGCUGAUGGUAGCAGAUUUGUCUUGCUUUACGGAAGUCAACUUGUUGCCAGUGACUGGCUGAAUCCGGCCCAGGUAUUACUGUACCACCAGCAGAACAGCAGUGGGCCCUGGGUUAUGGAGUUAUGUGGGUGCCGCCUGAUUGACCCUUGUGAGCAUGAGUGCGACAUGGAUACAGGUGAAUGUGGAUGCCAAGAGGGAUAUACAAGAGAUCCAGUGCAUAAACACCUCUGCAUCAGGAAUGACUGGGGGACAAAUCAAGGCCCCUGGCCAUACACCAUGUUUCAACGUGGUUUUGAUCUGGUGAUGGGCGAACAGCCUUCAGACAGAAUUUUCAGGUUUACCUACACUCUUGGAGAAGGAAUGUGGCUGCCACUGAGUAAAAGCUUUGUCAUUCCCCCAGCUGAGCUUGCAAUCAACCCUUCAGCUAAAUGUAAGACGGACAUGACAGUGAUGGAGGAUGCAGUUGAGGUCAGGGAAGAGGCCAUGAUCUCUGCUUCCUUCGAUAGCCUUGAGGUCCUUCUUGAUUCUUUUGGUCCUGUAAGAGAUUGCACAAAGGAUAAUGGUGGUUGUAGCAGAAACUUUUGCUGUAUCUCCGAUCGCAAGCUUGAUUCAAGUGGUUGUGUGUGCCCUUUGGGUCUCAGCCCAAUGAAGGAUGGCUCUGGCUGCUACGACAGACAUAUUGGCAUUGAUUGUUCAGAUGGAAUGAAUGGAGGUUGUGAGCAACUCUGCCUGCAGCAGACUGUGCCUCUUCCAGAUAACCCCUCACUCUACAACAUUGUAAUGUUUUGCGGUUGUAUUGAAGACUACAAACUAGCUUCAGAUGGACGGAUGUGUCAGCUUGUUUCUGAAUCCUGCUCCAGUGGUGCAGAUUGUGCUGAUACCAACAUUUCUCUGAAUCAGACUUUGUUCAGGGAUGUCUUCUAUGGUUACAAUAACCAGACAAAGGAGCUUGCACUUGGCCAAGUGUUCAUUGGGACAUUCAGACAGAAGAAUUUUGUGACUGGCAUCCCACAGCAACUGCCAGAUGGAAUUGUUGCCUCAGCUCUGCCCAGUGAGAGCCAGUGCCAGGAAGAGCUGUCCGAGCCCAUCCCAGAUCCGGACUACCUCACAGGAAUGGUGAACUUCAGUGAAGUGGCAGGGUAUCCCAUGGUACAGCACUGGAAGCUGAAAUCAACCCAAUACCAUGUAAAGCUGAACCAGCGCACACUUUCUACAGUAUUCAGCCAUGCUAUCCACUCUUUGGAUGGAGCCACUUUGAGGAAUGACUUUGCAUCUGUGCUGGAGGAAUUUGGCAAUCACUACAUCCAAGAGGCACUCUACGGAUUUGAGGAGACGUGUACCAUUUGGUUUCCAAAUCGCUCAGUUCAGAGGCAACUAUGGAUGGAAUACCAAGAUAUCAGCAAAGGCAACUCUCCAUCUGACGAAUCAGAGGAACAUGAAAAGGAUCCCAAAUCUCUAACUUUUCCAGCCUAUGUUGGUAGCCUUCUUGAUUCUGGUGAUGAGCUCAUGGCAUCUGGAGUGAGAAUGUACUGUGAAAACAGGGGAGGUUGCCCAUCUUCCUGUCACCUCUGCCAUCCCAAAGGGGGUCAGAGCAGGCAAGAAGAACCAGUGUUGCUGGAAGUCACCAAGGCAGCUCCACUUUAUGAACUGCUUAGCGAUAAUGAAACACAAAAGGCAAUAUAUGAAGCAAUGUUGAGCCUACUCUGGUGUUCAGGAGGUGGUGAUGUCAUCGAUGACUGGUGUAGAUGUGAUUCUACAACCUUCAGUGUUGACGGGCUACCAAACUGUGCUCCGCUGCCUCAGCCGAUUCUGAGGCUGUCACCUGCGCAUGAGCCAAGUAGCUCACUGGUGGUUUUAGAGUGGGACCAUACUGAGCCUGCAAUUGGGGUGAAGAUUGUAGACUAUCUCAUCAGCUUGGAAAGGGUCACCAUCACGGACCGAGCAGAAAUGUCGAAAGUAGAGACAGAAUCUGUGCUGAGUUUCGUAGAUGACAUUGCUUCUGGAUCCAAGACCCCUUGUGUGAUGUUGGGGAAAGUUCCUGACAUGGUGUCAAGCUCGAUAUCAUUAAUAAUCAGAUGCCUUGAGCCUGAUACUACAUACAUGUUUACCUUGUGGACCGUAGACAACACUGGAAGGCGCUCCAGACCAAGUGCAGUUACUGUCAAAGUUCCCUGUCCGCUUGUGGAUGAUGUCAAGGCUAAAGAAAUUGCUGACAAAAUCUAUAACUUGUUCAAUGGUUAUACAAGUGGAAAGGAACAACAAACUGCAUACAACACACUCAUGGACCUGGGCUCGUCCACUCUACACCGAGUCUAUUACCACUACAAUCAGGAUUAUGAGCACUUUGGAGAAUUUACUUGGCGCUGCGAAGAUGAAUUGGGACCAAGGAAAGCUGGUCUGAUCCUGUCUAAGUUGGAAGAGUUGAGCAGCUGGUGCAGAAGCCUCCUGCGGGAGCCCAAAAUCACCCUUCGCCGCCUCUCCUUGAAGUAUCUCUCCUGCCGAUACAGUGAAAUGAAGCCCUCGGGAAUAAACUGGCAGGAACUGAACACAGAGGUCAAAAAGAUCUGUGAGGAGCAGUUCCUGACAGUGCUGUACAAUGACUAUGGAGAACAUAAAGAGUUCUGACAGAGGAAUGUACUUUGCGUCCAUCCCCCACCCCUCCCCCGUCUCCCCCCCCCCUUUGUCAGCUGUUUAAUGCGCAGUCCACACGGCCUUCUGGGUAGAAUGUUGCUUGGCUGCCUGCAGUUGUUUUGUGGAGGUUGUUAAACCCCAGGCUUACCCUAGUCUGGCUAUAAAAUGUUGAAUCAGUUUUGGAUAGUGUCAGCCAAACGUGUGGAUCAUUUGAUUUUAAUUUCUGCACUGGAAGCUGGAGGAAUCAGGAGGAAGAUUGGACGGUGGUGAUGGUGUUUGCAUUAAGUCUUCUCCCAUUGCUGACCCUUCCUCUGUUUUAGGGCCCCAAAUGUAUUGAGAUUGCUUUGCUGUGAACAUUUUAUUAUCAUUGCAUAUUAGGCAGUCUUAUUCAAUGCUCAUUUGGUAAAUAAGGCUGCCACUCAUUGCCAAGUCUGAAACUACACAGGCAGUGGAUUCAGGUUGGAUUUUAAAAUGGCAUCAUGUGUUUAGUUCUGGAAUUAGCCAAGCUGAUAUAAGCGCACUCGUGUUAACUUGAUGCCUCCUCGUGUUUUGAAUUGGACAGCUAUAGGUGCUAAUAUCACAAUUGGAAAGAGACCGUUACUAUGAUAUUGGUUCCUUACAGAAGAGGGUUAAUAUAUGACAAAGAGUUAAUGCAUGACUAAGGGUUAAUGCAGAGAGGCAGAUUACCAAGUGCCUAAUUUAUUGUAAAGGAGAUUAGAAUGAUCUACUAAUGCCUGAUCUACUGAGAUAUUCUAGCAAUGGCAUCUGAUGCCCUCCAUCAGCAAGAGUAUUAUGCUUCAUAAUGGCCCCUUUAAUAAUAAAUAAUAGAGUUUUUGAAUUGAUGUCCCCAUAACCAUGAGACUGCAAAGUGAAUGGUGACAUUUAGCGAUGUUCUAGUGUCCCUAUUAUGUUUUGGGAGAUUUCCAGACUUUGGUUCAGCAGUGACAAUCUUUGCAGAACAGCAGCACAUAACAACACACACCUUCACCAUUCCUAAUCCCUUGUUCAGUUUUUCAGUCGACAAUAUUUGUUUGACACCUUGAAUCUGCUGUAAACUAUCAGACAGUGUUCCACAUUCACCCUAACAUAAUUGCAAACACGUCCUGGCUGAUUAUUCACAAUGAAACAAUUCUUCAGGCAUCCCCCAGCAUGCAGAUUAGAUCAGGUUAGAUUAGAUUAGUGAAUUCCGUGCCAACAUUAGGCACUUCUGAUUUAAAUCCACUCACUGAUAGUCAGGUGCAUGGUCAACAAUUAAGUGUUUUAAUAUUUAUUAAGUAUAGGCUUUUUAUAUACAUUAUAUAUAUAUAUAUUGAAAAAAAUCAACUUUGAAGAUUACUGUGGCAAAGGUAUAGUUGCUCAAAAAUGUGGCAUAGUAAUAUUUUACACUGCUCUUUGUUAAAACACCAUAGCUGCUAACACUUUAUGAGCCAUCAAAGAACAAACAAGAAGUAAAAGUGAGUAAUCUGGUGCCUGCUAAAAGACCACUUUCCCACACUAGAUGUUGGCCUCAGGACUGAGCAUUUCAGGGGCAGGAGAGAGCAGAAGCCAUUUCGCUUAUGGAAAGCUGAACUCAAUUGCAAUUUGUGUCUCUCUGCCCCAUUCCACAUGAAAUACGCAGAUACCCUCUUUAUAAUUUCACUCACAGCGAGGCCUGUGAUUAGUCAUCUCUGGUCCUUAUUCCAGCUGAAAGGGCACUGAAACCUUCAAUCUGACUCUGCCCAGCUGCACACACACUAAGCUUUGUUGCAGCAUUAUUACUUUAUAACUGGAGAAACAUUACUGCAAAGUCCAAUUACUGUUGCUGCAUAUAGUGCUUCAUCAAGAGUCGAAAGGCCAUCGAUAAUGAGAUAGUUCCACAAUGUUGUGCCUGUUUGCAGCUCCUUUGUAGAGCACCAAACUAUUCAGACUUGUUAUUGCUCCAUUUGCAGCUCUGUUUAUACCCACAAUUUCAGUUUGGUUUUGAUCCAUUAUUUGAUACCUGGAACCAUAAUUCGACUUUUAAUAUAAACGUGACACCAACUAUUUCCAUAACUAUGAUAUGCCGAGUACAGUUCAUGCAGGAAUCCUGUCUAUGCAUGUCAUUCAAUACAGUUGCUUUUGCUUCAUCCAACCAUCUUUCUCUCUGUUCUCUGGUGAACUUCUACCAUUAUUUUCCUCCUCUGUGGCUGUUCCUCUCUUACCAAGUUCUUCAGGUUAGUGGCAACCAACACUAAACUGUGGCCUCUCUGCAUGUGUUUGCAUGUAUAUGUGUGAGUGUCUUUGUGUGUGUAUGCCUGUAACCACUUUCCUGACCAACAGAUCUACUGCACUUCCCUUGGUUAUUCUUUCUUAAGACUCACAUUACUCAGAUUAUAUAUUAAUUUAUGAGUGAGAUCAUGAGCGGACAGUGCUCGAGUUCAAAGGAAGAAUGUAGAACCUUUCCUGGAUUCCAGAGUAUCACAGCCUAUAUGUGGCCUGCAUGUGUUUUAAUAGUUUCAGCUUUCAGUUAAAGGAUUCUUGAAACAAUCUUGUCUUAUAUACAAACAACACUGAGGAACAGACGUUGGCCAGCAUCUUUCAUCUACAUUAGUGUUUACAGUCACACAGAGUUAGACCCUUCCCAAGGAAAUUAAUCACCUUUGUUGGUGCGUCACUUUUUGGUACCCUGUACUUUUCAACAAGAAGUUGUUGUCUUGUAGAGUAAACAGGAAUCUACAUGUUCCUACUUAAAGUAAGUAGGCUCUGGACAAUCUUCUCCUCCUCCUCCUUAAGCAACACAAAGACUGCUGUAUCACCUACAUGAAGAGGAGAGUGUGCAAAGCCAAGUGGUCUAUUGGUGUCAUUGUGCUAUCAAAGUAGGUAUUGCUAUUUAAUGAGUGACAAGAUCAACAGUAUCUUGGAUUCUAAUCUUUAAACAGGCUCUGUAAUGUUUCACUGCUCAGGAAUAAUAGAGAGAUACCCGAGGCCACCAUUUACUGCACAGAGCAGACGGGUACUGAAGGGAGUGAACUGUAUUACAUGAAGGGUGGGCAUGGAUUAUUUGUAGCCAUGAGUUGGCAGAUUCACUGUCUCCCACUGCAUAUAUCCACUUACACAUUCCAGAACAAAGACUUCAUUUAUAUUUGUCUUUAAGGAAAAGUAUAGCAAGUCAAAUACUAUACAACAUAUACCACAGUUGGCUUCAAUAUAUUUCACUCUGAGGCUCCCGAAAAAACUAAGGGUUGCUUUAUUUAUAAGGGAAUUUCCUUCACUGAGGUAAAAUCAACUUGCACCAAACUUUUCAUUCAGUUAAUGUGGACUGGCAAGAAUGUGAACUGUGUGGCUCCAGUGUGAAUGUACACAGGUAUCACUGAAGCAGUUGGGGGGGGUCCUGGACUGAGGUCUCAUGGGUGUCUUGCUUGGACUUCAUUGCAGAAUUGGGCAGAGUGAAAGCUUUCAUUGAUCAGGUGAGCUGCCUCUUUCUCAAACCUGCAACAUCUGUUCUGAACAUUUAAUUUGUGAGCAAACGUGUUGAGAUUUGUACUCAAGUACACAGUGGUCUUAAAGUGGUAUUUAGACAUAUAUGCUCUGAGUUUUGAUAAAGCGGGUUUGCAGUGGUGUAUGUGCUGAUGUAAAAUGAGAGUUUGUGAUCUAGUAUCGUGCACACAUGUCGGUCAUUGUCUCCUUGAAUCCAUUGGCUGUUACAACAUAAAGUAUUGAUUCUGAGA